AUGGUUGGACCCCUCCCUAAAGCAGCAGCAGCAGCAACAGCAGCAACAGCAGCAGGAGCAACAGCAGCAGCAGCUGCAGCAUGGGCAGCAGAAGCUCCAUACUCCGCUGCGACGUUAGCGGAGUCAUUUCUGAACGACUUACAGGAGCUUGACGAGCCCGAGGAGGAGCAGCAGGAAGCAGCAGCAGCAGCAGCAGCAGCAGCAAACCCUGAAGAUGAUGAGGAUGAGCCUAUUGUUGAUGCUGUUGCUGCAUAUUUUAAAGAAAGAAGCGGCGACAAUACAGCUGCUGUUGUCUCAAGCCUCGCGCAGCAACCCAGAUUCAUACGCCUUCUAGAGCAAGCGAGAGAGCUGACGCCUCAGGCUGCCGUUGCUAGCGGAGAGGAGUUAGCGUUGAUAGAAGAGUGCAACCAGCUCGUCAUCGAUAUAGACACAGACAUUAAGUUUCCCGAGCUGCAGUCGAUAGUGCAGGCGCCUUUAGAAUACAUCGCCGUCGUGCAGCGAAUUCAGAACCAGACCGAUCUAACUCAAGUCGACUUAUCAGAUUUGCUUCCGUCUCCUACGAUAAUGGCGCUGACUGUUGCUGCUUCUCUCUCUAUUUCAAGCGGCACUGGCGGCAACUCAAAUAAUGCAGGGCGUCGUCUCCCUGAAGAAGAUUUAGACAAGGCAAUGGCAGCAGCAAAAGAGGCGCUGGCUCUCGCAGAGAAACGAAAGGAGGUGUUGCAAUAUUUGGAGAGUAGGAUGAUGCUGGUGGCUCCAAAUGUCUCAUCGCUGUUGGGCGCAGCGCUGACUGCGCGUUUGCUGACAAAAGUAGGGGGUUUAGAAACCCUAGCGAAGAUGCCUGCACAAAAUAUCAUGCUGGUUGGAUCUCAAAAGCGAGGCAGCGUAUCUCUUUCAACUCGAGGAGAUGCAGCAGGGAUAUUCUCUUCGUUGUUAUGUUCUUGCGAUAUUGUUUUAUUGUCUCCUCCUGCAUUUAGAAAGAGAGCUUUAAGAUUGCUAGCUGGGAAGGUAGGGCUGGCAGCAAGAGUAGAUGUGUACGGCAACAAGCCCGCUGCUGCUGCUGCUGCUGCUGCUGCUGCUGCUGCGGCUGCUGCGGGGGAGGCCGAAGCGGAUGGAGGAGAUGAAGAAGCUGCUGCUGCUGCUGCUGCUGCUGCUGCUAAAGAGUUGAACGACGGUUUAGGAGCAGCAGAAAAUUCUAAGACCCCAGGAGAGCUCGGCAAAGCCCUGAGAGAAGGCAUUGUUCAGGCUCUAAUGAAGGCCCAAGAACCCCCUCCUGCUCCAAUGAAGAAGGCAUUACCUAUUCCUGAGGAGCGGUCUAAACCUAAAAGAGGCGGGAGGAGACACCGGAGACAAAAAGAGCAGCAAGAAGUGUCAGAAAUUCAGAAGCAGUUAAAUAGAAUUAAGUUUGGGGAACGCGAAGACACUGUCGGCCUCAAGGGUAAAUAA